UCAGACAGUGGGAAGGAUCGUCGCUGCCCUCCGGGACAGUCGUGUUAUCUCGGAGUUUACAAAAACUGAACUGAAAAUAAAAAGUGACUUUAAAAAAAACCCAAACAAUUUAGCACAUCUAUUUUCACGGCAGCAUGCUGCGUUAGACUUUUUUUUUUUUUUUUAAAUCAGCGGAGCGGCGAGCAUCGGAUUCAAUUUCAGAAACUCGGACAUCAAAGGCGGCCACCAUGAGCUCCAUACUAUCAUCCGUACAGACGCUCAUGCAAAUGUUCGAUGGCAAAACGCAAGAAUUCAUCAAGGACAUCGAUAAUGUCCACAUGGUUUGGCUUCAGGAGAUCCAACAAGAAGCCAACCGGAUGUUCUCAAGAGAUUUCAAUGCUGAGCCUGAAUUAAUGCCAAAAACACCAUCACAGAAAAAGAAUAGCCGCAGGAAGCGCGUAUCUGUGGGGCGCCAGGAAGAAAAUCAAGCCAAGCGAAGAUUUUCAAAGGGAAGGCGCAGUAAUCUUCGUGGCUCUUCUAUCAAGUCGCUGAACUUCAUUGCUGAGGAAGAAACUCCUCCAGAGGCUUCCACCUCCGAAGACACCACACAGCCGAAACGCACCACCCGCAAAAACAAACAGACAAAGACUGAGGUGACCAAGGAUGUGAGCCUGUUAAAUGAAGAGGUGCAGAACAAGAAGCCGGAGCUGGUCGAGGAUGAAGAGGUUGAUAAAAAUAGAGAGGUGAACAAUGCAGGCGAUGAGCCAAAACGCACCACCCGUAAAAACAAACAAACAAAACCUGAUGUGGCAGAGCUCGAAGAGGUGGAUAAAAAUAGAGAGGCGAACAAUGCCGAGGUUGAACUGGAUGAACCACAGAGCACUUCCCAGUCUCCACCCAAGAUACCCUCACCCAAGGUUGUUGUGAGCAUCUCCGCAGCAGACCGCAGGUCUGCCGAGCUCGCCAAACAGCCAGAGUGCUCUCCUGGCCGCACAGCUGCUAAAAUAACGAUAGCCGGUAAAGCUCAGAGCUCAAAGCGGAGCUCCGUGCGGUGCUCUCUCAAUGUCCGUCGCUCCCUGGCUGGUCUGCGGCACAGCAUGACACAGGAGUCUGUUCGCCGUGCUUCACGUCGUUCGAUGCUUAAGAGGAAGAUGAGUCGCAUGGGCAAUUCCACAUGUAGCAGCAGUGUUGGUGAUGACUCGUGCAUGGAGUCUGCUGAGGAGCAAGAGGAUGGAGAGCCACCGUGCGAGGCUGUGACCACAGAUACAGAGGUCGACGCAGCAGCUGAUGAAUCUCACAAAACUCCAGAGGUUAAGCAGAAAAUAAAUCCCUCUGUUGGACGUAUUACUCGCUCUGUGGCUGCAAACUCUCCCAAACUGGCACAUCAGCUAUUGCUUGCUGCCGAGCAGAAACUGAACACUCCUGACAGGAGAGCCGUUGUCGCAGAGAAGCAACAAAACUCUCAGCCAAAACGGAGGUCAAGUCAGAGCACCAAACGCAAAGCACCAGAUACUGCAGAGGAAAGUCCCUCAAAGAGGAUGAGUCCCCCCAAGAAAAGCCAAAGCGCAAUCAGGCCCAAUAUGAGAUCUUUCCUCCACACCGUGCAAAGGAAUCAGAUGCUCAUGAUGACUCCCAAUUCCCUGGGGCGUACUGGUGUCAUCAAGUCCUUCAUUAAGCACACAACUCCUCUGAAGGUCGAUAAUAAGACAAAAGAGCGUCACAAGCUGGAAGCACUUAAAAAGAAGCAGGAACAAGAGGAGGAAAGAAUGAAGAAAAUGGAGGAGGAUAAGAGAAAGAAGCAGGAUGAACUGAAAAGGAAGAGGGAUGAGAGGCUAAGAAGAGUGUAUGAGGCCAAAGUAAAAGAAGAACAGAGGGAAGAAGAAAAGAAAAAGAAGAUUGAGCAAAAAAUGGCCCAGAUUGAUGAGAAAAAUGACAAGCGUCACGCGGAGGAGAAGGCCAAGAAGAAGUUGGCCGUGAAACGCCAGGAAGAGCUCGAGCAGAAACGGAAGCUGGAAGAAGAGGCUAAAAAGAAGAAGCUUCAGGCAGAGGAGGAGAAACGGCAGCAGGAGUUACUGGCAAAGAAGAAGGCUGAGGAGGAGGAGGAACAACGAGCUCGUAAACUGGCUGAAGCCCGCAGAGCUCUGGAGCUGAAGAGAGAACAGGAGCGCGAGAGAGAGCUUGAGAGAGAGCGACAAGCUGCUGCUGAAAGGGAGCGAUUGGAAAGAGAAAAAGCUCUCGCUCUUCAACGGGAAGUCGAGAGAGCAGCAAGAGAGAAAGAGAGGAGAGAACUGGAGGAGAAAAGAAAGGCGCUUGAGGAAAAAAGAAAACGGGAGGAGCUGCAGAGGUUGGCUGCAGAGGAGAAAGCUGCUAAAGAGAGAGAAGCUGCUGCUAAACAGGCUGCAAAGGCCGCUGCUAGCCUGAAUGUAACUGUGGAUAUUGAGCGCUCUGUAAUGAGCACGCCCGUAGGAAAGGGUGGUGGUCUCAAUGUGACCGUGGAUAUAGAGAAGUCUCCACAGUCCUACGUCAUCACUCCAAAAGGAGGAAACAAACCUCCGAUUACUUCUAAAAGUGCUGAAGAUUACGGGAUGGAUCAGAACAGCGACGACUCGACUGAUGACGAGUCUGCUCCCAGGAAACCCAUCCCAUCUUGGGCAGAAGGUCACAAUCUGCAGCAGAUUAUCAUGAAGCAGUACUUCAACCCUCCCGACAUGGACUCAUUCUUCGGAGCAAUCGAGGACCCAAAACUGGAAAACAUCUUUUACAAGAGCAAGCCACGUUACUUCAAGCGUACUAGCUCGGCCGUGUGGCACUCGCCUCCAGUUAAAAACUAA